UAGCUGAUGUAAACAGAAACGACGCCUCAUCCGGAUAAAUUAGACCAUAAAGAUAGAUUACCUGUAAAAUUUCACCAACACAACGAUUCAUUCGUUGUCCGUGAUAUGUUUUAAACCAUAGAAACAAGAAGCAAUGGAAUUCUAUAUCAAUUUAAAAGUAAAUUUUAGGGGGAAUGCGAAGAAUUUUCUCCUCUCAGGCUCGGAGACGAAGAGUUGGGAGUCAAUGGAGGCCAUGGUGAAAAGGUCCUUUGGCCUUUGUAAUCUACAAGUGACUUAUUUUGACGAAGAGAAUGAGGAGGUAUCCAUAAACAGCCAAAUGGAGUAUGAAGAGGCAUUAAAGAGUGCAUCCAGGCAGGGGAACCGGCUGCACAUGAAUGUGUAUGAGACCAGGGGUCAGUCCACACGUGUUCCAGCCAAGGCCAAUACAGGGGAGCCCAAGAGAGGGUUCCGACCCCCACAACACUGUCCAUCCCUGGCUCAGGUUGUAAGCAGGAAGGUCCAGGCUGCUGUUCCCGAACAGGGCAUGGUGAUCAUGAAGGAGCUGAAGGGCACCAAAGAGGAAGAUAAGACGCCUCCAGCGUGGUUCACGUCUUACAUGGAGAAGUUCAAGGACCAGGUGGUGAGGGAAGCGGUGGAGAAGAUCUGCCGGGAGUUCUCGGGCCAGUGUUGCAUCCACAGGCCCAUCGGCGUGGAGGCUCAGAUCCCCGAGGUGACCUCCUCCACCCUGCCGGGGGGUCCUAGCUCCACCCCUGCCUGCAGCAGUUGCCGGGGCCAGACCGCUGGAGGAGGGUACCAGUGCAGUGUGUGUACAUCCUGCACGCUGUGUGAGCCUUGCAGCUUCUCCCAUGACCCCAGUCACAACCUGGUGAGAGCCAGAACACCCCUGUCCAUCCCUGAGCACGGCUCACCAGCCCCAGACCACAGCAGGUUCUACCGUCGGGGGGACCGGAGCUUCCGGAAGGCAGAGAAGCAGCGUCUGAAGGCCGAGAAGAGGCAGCUGAAGGCUGAAGUGAAAGAGAUCAGGAAGCAGCUGAGGAUGGAGAGGCGGGGCUUGCAGUGGAGUGCUGGCGACGGGAGCUCCUCCCCCAUCCUGCUCCAACCCAGGGCCACCCAGGCCAGCAGCCCAGAGCGUCCCAAGCGGCCAUGCCCUCUGGUGGUGCCAGCCAUGACGGCCCUGUUCCUGGAUGAGAAUCUGCCCGAUGGAACUCGUCUUCGCCCAGGCACCAAGUUCAUCAAGUACUGGAAGAUGAGGAACACUGGGAGUGUGAGCUGGAGCGCUGAGACCAAGCUGAAGUUCAUGUGGGGGAACCUGGCGGUGGCGUCAGGCGACCGCUGGCGCGAGGUUGCCGUGCCGUUCCUGCAGCCCGGGCAGGUUGGCGUGGUGAGCGUGGCUCUGUGCGCUCCGGCCCUGGAGGGCUCCUACACGUCUCACUGGCGCCUGGCCCACGGCGGGGAGCAGUUUGGCCCCCGCGUCUGGUGCAGCAUCGUGGUGGACCCCCUGGCCCCUGCGGCCGUGAUGGCAGACGGCCUGCUGGUGUCCCCCUGCGUCACCCCCCAGGGGAAGAACCCCCUCUCCACAGACAAGAACGGGAGGUCGUGCCCUUUAGCCUCCAGGGACCAGGCACUCAUGUCGGUGGACCAAGAUGAACAUGAAUACUACAUUCCCUCUGUGGACCUGCUCACGGCCCAGGACUUGCUCUCCUUUGAGCUGCUGGACAUCAACAUCGUUCAGGAACUGGAGAGUGUGCCGAACAACACUCCAGCCGAUAUGACUCCAUGCAUGUCCCCGCUGCCCCACGAAGGCCCCCUGCAGGAGAAGCCCACCCUGGGCUUGAUCCAGGAGGAGGUCGAGGCCCAGGGAGUCCCUAGCAUCCAGCCGUCUCAGGGGUUGGGCCCAGGGGCAGAGGGCGGAGGGGUCCCCUCCCAGGAGGAGGGAGGGGAAGAUCUCAAUGGGACCCAGUUUGUGUGUGAGACGGUGAUACGCUCGCUCACCUUGGAGGAGGCGCCAGACCACGCCCCCCUGCGUGGGAACCGCCCUGGCACAGGUUUAUUACUAGUACGCCCAGCAGCCCAAGGUGGCUCCGCCUCCUCUUUUAAAGGGCAAGCUGUUGAGAAGCAUUUGGAGGUGAGGGCAGAGAAAACCCUGGACACAUCCCCUAACAGCCCUGUGGACCCAGCCCCUGCCUCGCCCCGGCUGGCUAUACCAGAGCUCAGGAUGUCAGAUGAGGGACCAGAGUCGGACAUCGAGAGCAUCUGCGUGGACGCCAGCGGUGAAAGCGACAAGAGCGAAGAGAAGGGAGAGCUGUCGGAGGGGAUGAGGGGCGCCCGCAGCCGGUCCUCAUCUGCCUCGUCCGAGGAUUACAUCAUCAUCCUCCCGGACUGUUUCGACACCAGCCGCCCACUGGGAGAGUCCAUGUACAGCUCUGCCCUCUCCCAGCCUGGCGACGAACCCGACACGCCCACAGACGCCGACGCCCCCGGCCGCACCACUCCGGAGGGGGAGCGCGGCGAGGCGGACGAGACCACGUCCGGGGCGGUUUCCUGCUCCAGCAGCGCCAACGACAUGCUGUGUACGUCCCAGACGUUGGACGCGGUGCCCCUCACCCCUGUCGUGGUGGCACCCCCUGGCCUCAGCUCCGCCCUCGCGCCCAGCCCCGAGAGCAGCAACCGGACAGAACCGGCUGUGGAGGCGCUCGACCGGACUGAGCUCUACCGGCAGGAAGAGUUAGAGGACGGUUCCAUGCAGCCAGACAGCCAACCAGGCAGCCCGUCUGCUUCUGGUGACUCAGAGGACAACUCCCAAGACCCCAGUCACCCGGGCAUCACUGGAGGCUUGGUGAAAGGUGCCCUCUCGGUCGCAGCGUCCGCCUACAAGGCUCUGUUCACUGGGCAGCCUGGCUCAGUGCAGCCCCCAGUGGACGGAGCCACCCAGGACACCAUGAUGGCGGUGCUGGUGGAGAUGGGCUUCGGUGACCGGCCUCUGAACCAGCGGCUGCUCAAGAAACACAACUACAACCUGCUGGAUGUGGUCAACGAGCUGGUCCAGAUGACCGACAAUGACUGGUACUCCACUCGCUACUGAGGAGACAGGAGGAAGAGCAGGAGGGUGUGGCAGAUGUAACCUCUCGUCCUCUCUCUUCUCUUCCUCCUUCCGCCUCUGUUUUAGAUUUGGACCAAGUCGAGAGGUCUCCUAACUAUGACCUAAGAGACAUUCCCACGGACUUUGGGGUAACUAAAACUAUCAAAUUGAUCAAAUAGCUUCAGUGUGUAUAGCUGAGUUCACACAGGUAGCCAUAUUCAGGUAUUUUUCACAGAAAUGUCUUUUGACCAAAUUCAUCAGACCUUAUCCCAUCAGAUCUUUUUUUAUAUAUAUAUAUAUACAUUAGAUCACUUUCAGAUCAGAUCAUUUUCAGAGGUGAUCUGACUGGUCUAAAGACAUGUUAGUGAAAAUCAUAUCAGAAUUGUGCCUGUCUAAAUGCAGCUUUGUAGAUUUGUUCCACUUAGCUGUUCCAACAUGGCUGUUUUUGGCGGUUUGCUUUUGCAUAGGAAGGGUGACAUGAUUGUAAGCAGAUGAGGUUACUGGAACACCUUAAUGUGGUAACUAAUGUUCAGGGCUGGAUUACCAAUAGGUUAUUUAUUUAUUGUUGUUAUUAUUAUACAUUAGGUUGGGGAUGCCCCAAAUAGCAUAUAAUAGAAGAAUGUGAAUGCUUUAAAACUGACAAAAUGUGUAUAGUAUACAUGCAAAAAAACUACCUUUUGAAUCUACAACAUUCUCUUACAACAUCCUGUUGAAAUCUAAACAGCAUUAGAUAUACUACAAUACAGCAUAUUAUUCUCUCUGCAACAGGGUAGAAACUGUACAAUUGCAGGAAAUGGGUUUUUAAACUGCAGCGAUUGUUCUUUGCUUUGUGACAAAAUGUGCAGGUUAGCACUAUAGAUCUUUGCACUACAGAAAAGUGUGUUGAAAUGCCGGAAGUUAGCCGUUAUCCCCUGUGAAGGUUGACACCCCAGGGGUCCAGCAUCGGUAGUCCAGCCCUGCAAAUAGAAACACAUCUCAAGUUGCUAUCACUAAGCCUGUGUUUCCCAAGCCCGGUCCUGGGGACCCCCCCAAGAGCUGCACGUUUUUGUUUUUGCCCAAAACACUCAAACACACCUGAUUCAAAUGAAAGACUUUAAGACAGUGGUGGCUUAUGUCAACGCAGUGUGUAAGUGUUGCGACAUUUGAAUCAGGAGUGUGAGUGCUUAGGGCAAAAACAAAAAAAAGGGCAGGACCAGGACUGGAAAACCCUGCACUAAAGCCACUGCUGUCAAAGCAAACUCACCCUAGUGCUGUUGGCCUGGAAAACAUGAUUAGAUCAACUAGGCCUUUAUUCAGCUACCAUAGUGCUGGUAUGUAUAUGUUCAGCUGAAGGGCGGAGAAAGGGGUUUAAUGUAUUCAUCACAGAGGACUUGCUGCUUCUGUAUGUAAUGAUGUUAAUCAUCCACUCGAGAGCAAUUGAACCGAGGACAUGGCGGGACAGUUCCCUGUUCCAAAAGUGUGCAUGAUGGUCAGUGCUGGAGAACGCUACGCUUCUUUGAAAUCACAUCAAUGGCAAACACACUGACAUAUUUAAACCUUACCUGUUGAAAGUAUCAGCAUACUGUAGACGUGUCUUGUUGAUUGCUUUAUUGUGAAAUAAUCAUUCCCAACAUCAUGCUCUGGGUAUUUUGUGCGAGAUAUGUAAACAUGAGGCAGUAUUUUUUUUAAAUAAGGACCAUUGCUUUGAUGCACUACAUUUUAAUUAAUUUUGGGAGAGGCCAUGUUAAUCCCCAUUCUUAACGAGAUUAUUUUAGGGUUAAAAAAAGAUAAAUACUUUAAACAUAUUAUGGACAGGGUUUUCUUUGUUGCACAUGAAAGGAUUACAAAUGCAAAACCAAAAGACUAGCUGGAGGAUGUAAUAAUUAUUUGAGACUACUGAAGAAGACAUUUUAAUAACUAAGAAAUAUGAAAAUAUCCUUUUAGAAAGAUUAUUCAGUCUGCUGCUUAUUGUUCUUAGAGUCGGAGGGUUAUUUUCUAACCACACAGGGUUUGUGAUUAAUCAAAAGCAUUGACUUUCAACUUUGUAUCAUUCAUAGUUCUUUCCGAACUUGUAAAUUGAAAUCAAACGGUGUGUAAAGAGGUUUAAAUGUUAUUUUCAAAUACGGAAAUACUGGCGUGUUCCAGGUGAUGGAGGAGGUAAUCUUAAUUGUUAAACUAUUUUUGUUUUAGUGUUGAUUGCUUGAGGGCUGUCUGGAUGUGAAGGAAGAUUUUGCACUUCUUCCGGUUUUAGCUUAUGUCAUUGUGCUUGAAUUUGCACUGUUUAUAUUUGUGGAAAGGAAAAGCUACAGGAUUGGGUUGCUUAAGUCUUGCACACUAAGGGUAACUUGGCAAGGUUGUGGGCAUUGGGGAGAUUAUGUAUAACACAGUGAUCAGUCAUAAUCAAUCAUAACCCAUAAAAAAAAAAUCUGUUAAAACACCAACUCAUUUAUUACACUGUGUUGCCUGAGGUACAGUCAUGCUAGGUCAAGGUACAAGGCCCCAUUUACACCGUGUAUUAGAAUUGCAAACAGUAUUCACAUUUGAAAAACAUGUUACUGCUAGGUCCAAAUGUGCUCGUUGCAUAUACAUGUACUUGGCAGAUGUGCCUGAACACCUCUGGAAGUGGACACGCUUGAAUUGACCAUGGGACUGACUGGGCUUUAAAUAAUUAAUUAAUUCAAGGUUAUUUGUAAAUCACUCAUUCUGCAGUCCCCUGCAGUUGGCCUCCAAUCUCAGCUCAGAGUAAAUGUCAGUGCUCUGCCAAAAAUAUUCCUGUGUUAUUCAGCCUCCACCUUUGUGUUCCACUUACAGUACCAGUCAAUAGUUUGGACACACUUAUCCAUUCAUUUGGUUCAGAAUAUUCAAUGGUUAAAACAAGUUUUUUGCAAGAUAAGUAAAUGUGAAAACAAUAGACCUGUAAAGAAACAUGAAGUAGUAUUUAGUUUAGUACAUACAUUUUGUCUACAAAUUGAUUUGCAUUAAUAAGAGGGAACAUAGUUUUCAGUGUGGAAUGCACAAUUCAUAGUAUCAGGUGUAAAUGCGAGGCCUUUGUAAUGCCAUCCUAUCACAGCUGUUGCAUAUAGGUUUUAAGUCUAAAUGGUUAAGAACGAAGACUGAUCUUCGUUAAUUCAUACAAAUGAAAAUAGGUUUUUCACACAAUGUAAAAUGGAUGUUGGAAAGGAUGGAUCCUGAUGGAUGUCACAAACAAUUAGUUACAUACAAUUUCACAUUGAUAUACAUGAAUCAUCUAUAAUAGGGGCAGGGUGUUUUAAUAGAGGUUGAUGAAUAGGAAAACCUAAAAUAUUUAGCGAUAAGGAGAUGGUGCAGAUUGUGUAAACUGUCUGUAUUGCACUAAGACAUACAUGUGAUGUACAAAUAUGUGUCUCUAAUAAAAACACUAGACUUAGA